AUAGCCUUUUUUACUUCCAAAAAACAAGUAACAGCUCAGUUGCCGUACAGUAACCAAACAUUAGGUCAACAAUGGAGUCAGUAGGGGUUCUCAUGACCUGCCCUCCGAUGAACCCCUACUUAGUCGACCUACUAGAAAAACGAUUCACUCUUCACAAAUUCCUAACCGUUUCCGACAAGACCCAGUUCCUCAACACCCACAAGAAUUCAAUCCGAGCCAUCGUCGGAAACUCCGCGUUCGGCGCCGAUGCGGCAUUGAUAGAUCAACUGCCGAAGCUGGAGAUAGUGGCGAGCCACAGUGUGGGGCUGGACAAGAUUGAUUUGGUCAAGUGUAAGGAAAGGGGCAUAAGGGUAACUUACACCCCUGAUGUUUUAACUGAUGACGUUGCAGAUUUGGCUAUCGGUUUGAUUAUUUGUGUGUUGAGGAGAUUGUGUGAUCAUGAUCGGUUUGUGAAGAGUGGUCUGUGGAAAAAAGGGGAUUUUAAAUUGAAUAAUAAGUUCACCGGAAAAUCCGUUGGCAUUAUAGGGCUGGGCAGGAUCGGCUUGGCAAUAGCGGAGAGAGCGGAAUCAUUUAGAUGUCCGAUCAGUUACUAUUCAAGAACAGAGAAAACAGAAGUAAAAUACAAUUACUACCCGAACGUUGUUGAGUUGGCUAAAAACAGUCAAAUCCUUGUAGUUUCUUGUGCCCUAAUAGAAGAAACUCACCACAUCGUCAACCGUGAAGUCAUCGAUGCAUUAGGUCCGAAUGGCAUUCUAAUCAACAUCGGCCGAGGCUCUCAUGUUGAUGAAGCCGAGCUGGUGUCUGCAUUGCUUGAAGGCAGGCUAGGUGGUGCUGGUCUUGAUGUGUUUGAAGAUGAGCCUAACGUACCGAAGCAGCUAUUCGGACUCGAGAAUGUAGUUUUUACGCCUCAUGUAGGAAGUAGCACAUUCGAAACCCGGAUUGCCAUGGCGAACCUUGUUGUUGGGAAUUUGGAAGCGCAUUUUUCAAACCAACCUCUGUUAACUCCGGUGAUUUGAUUUUUGACUUGAAAAACUGUGGAUGCAGGAUUAAUUGCAAUGUGCAGUCAGUUUCAUGCUUCUGUGACUCUUAAUUGAUUAAGAGACUUCUUGAUGAUAUUUUUGUUGAUAUCUUAACUGCUUUACGCUUUAAGGACUUGGUACUAGAAAGUAGUUUAUUCUCUUACAUUUACUAAAACUAUACUAAUAGAUUCUGGUAUUAUUUA